AUGGACCGCUUCAAGUCUAUCUCAAAAUCCGGUUGGCACCCUAAUUCAUCUUCCGAGCCUUCCUAUGCCGGUGCCGCAGAAUCAAAAUCUUCCACAUCCAGUAGUGGAGGCGUCACUUCGCGAUUAACAAAGAAUUUUAAAGGACUUGAUCAAGUGGCGGGAUGGGUGGGUAAAGGUGGAUCAGAGAACGACAGCACAGUCAAUGUACGACCAGUCUCUACACUUCGUGAUCCCGCAAGUUUUGGACCUCCACCGAAAAGGGUCACAAACAUGCCAAUUACAAGCCAUAGGGAGGAUUACCAGUUGAAUGGUGAAGCUUCUUCACCGGGAAAACGACCUCCGCCUGUUCCGCCUCGACUGCCGCCACGAGAUGAAUCUGUACUACCGCAACCACGGGACGUAACAGACAUGAGAACCGGUAGCAUAAGCACAUCUGCAGUGGAACGGCUUAGUAAGGCUGGGAUUUCGGUACCUGGAUUUAACAUGGCCUCGGAUUCAUCAUUGGCCAAGAAACCGCCUCUUCCAAGCGUACCAAGACCUUCUGCGAGCACAGGUCUACUAAGAGGAGCCCCUCAAAGCGUACCUACCGAAGGAACAACUUUUGCGGAGAAGCGGGCGGCCGUGACUACAGCCAGUGCAUUCUACAAAAACCCAGCUUCGGUUUCAUUAACAGAUGCCAGUGCUGCUUUGAGGACUGGGAGAAAUUUCCAGCAACGGCACGGGGAUCAAGUCGCAUCAGGGUACAAAAAAGCACAAGAUAUGGGAUUAGACAAGAAAAUACAGGGGUACGGAGAGCUUUAUGCUUCAAGGACUGAGAUUGAGAGUGGAAGUUCAGCAGUGCCGAGGAAUUCCAUUCCCUUUUUUCCGCCGGCUUUGCCCGCCAAAAAACAACCUUCCCCUGAGCUUCCUUCUCGAUCUCCAGUUAUACAGGACGUCGUUCAGGAUCUUUCUGGACUCGGAAAGAAAAGACCUCCGCCGCCUCCCCCGCCCAAAAAAAAGCCAGCACCCCCGCUACCAAUCAAACGAGCAUCCACUGACUCGCUUCCUCACAAUGUCACGGCACCACCUCCCAUAAUCCCACGCGCAACCCGGCCAUCUCACUUAAUAUCAUGCUCUGUGCUCCAAAAUAACGGUCUCCCAACUCAAGUAUUCCCUGAAUUGCCAAGAGACCUCGAUCUUUGCCUCGAAAAAGCAUGGUUUUCAAAAACUCCAAUUGAGCUUCCGCCAACUAUAAAGAGCAUAGACGAAAAAAUAACAAAGACAUUUCUCUCCUCCGUCCUCUCCUCCGCCGCCGAAAGAAUGGGGAACCCGGAUCAUUGGAUGGGUCAGAUCCAGAAUUGGUCAGCAGGAACAAGUUUUGGUAUCUGCAUAUUUUCCCAUUAUCCUUCUCUGCAAAACCAGCCUUCGGUAUUGCCUGGUACAAGCCUGCAGCCAGGUGAUGUUUUACAAUUCCGUUCUGCUAGAUGGAUUCGGAAAGAUUUUACUGGAAGGACUAUUUUCGAAAUGCGAGCAGGAGCGCCGGAAGACGCAAAUGGGUGCAAGAAUCAUACUGCUGUUGUUGAGACUGUACAGUAUGAUCCUCAGGGUGGAAUCAAAGUUGGUGUUUUGCAACAGAAUUCAAAUGGCGUGAAAACAGUUGUAAGAGGAGAAUAUAUGUUGGGUACUGACAUGGUCGAGGGAGGCGUUAGAGUAUUUAGAGCUGUGGCGGAUGAGUGGGCAAAGUUCGAAGCUGUCUGGUGA